AUGGCGCUGAGGCGAUUCUUCCGUAUAUCAUUUCUCCUUGUUGUGGGUACGAUCCUUUACAGAGCAGAGGCUCAGCAAUGCCCGGGCGGGAGAUCCGAGACAUCCAUCUUGGGCUGGAUGUUGCGCGGACACAUCUAUAAGACAAUGCAGGCAGAUCUUCCACACACUUGCGUAUUUGCCUGUUACAAAGAUGAUCGAUGCCAAAGUCUCAACUGGGUGAUCUCUCUCCUCACUUGCGAGUUCAACAACAGAACAAAAGAAGCAAGACAAGAGGAUUUCAUUCCAAAUGCAGACAGAUCUUACAUCAAGCGAGAUAAGAACCGAGGUAAUAAGAAUAUUUUGAAAUUGUGCUGCACGAAUCCCAUAGCAAAAAAAUAGUUAUUAAUAACUGUAUGUCUGGCUGUUUUCCCCAGUUCCUUUAGGUUCCAUUCCUGAACUGCCUGCAGAGACGUGUCAUGAAAUAAAGAUGAGUGAAGGUAAAGCAACCAGCGACAAAUAUUGGUUUUCCACCUUAAAACCUGGGACACCAGUUCUCGCUUACUGCAAUAUGGAAACUGAAGGUGAGUUCAGUUAAUAUAACGAUUUAACCAGAGCUAAAGGCGAAGCUCCUUCACAGUUACUUGCUUCAAACAGUGAACUUGGAACUACUGCCAAAGAUCUAUACUAUACUAUACUAUACUAUACUAUACGUUGCCACCCCCCAUAAGGUUUUUGUGAAUUUUUUCCUAGACGAUAAAACAUCGACACCUGAAGUUUUCUGUAGCUGUUCGUUUAUCCUUCGCGCACACUUUGAGACAAGUUUAAUGAUGAUCAAUUACUAUGGUUACAAGAUAUGACGUCAUAAGUAGCAGGUGGUCAAGCCAUUUUUGAGUGAAAAUGCAUCUUUUUUCAACUGUUUUCAACAACAAAAGUAAAACUUGUGGAUGAAAUGAUGCAAAGUAAUUAUUUUUGUGUUAUUUUACAUGUUAAGCGCAAAAAAUUAUUACUUCUCACUGUUUUUACCUUAUCUCUAAUUCUUAAUAAAAUUCAAGAUUGCGGCCAAAAUGGCGACCAUGUUUGGUGACGUCACAGUUUUCCGGAAGCGCCACCACCCAUAAAAUAUACCUCAUCUUGUAGAGAAGAUGAAAGGCUUUCCACUGAAGGCAAAAUCAUUUCGAAAUAUUGCAACAUAUCAAAUCAAUCCCCCCUUGUACCAUGGUGGGGGUAUGACUUUGCGUGUACGUCUGAGGGUUAACAUGAAAGGAGGACCAUAAGACGUUUGACGAAAGGGGCUGCUGUAAAAACUAACCUCGAGCCUGCGAUGAACAAAAAGUUAAUAACUGGUCAGCGGAAAACCUUAAAUAACAUGUGGUCUCGAUAAGUCGAAACCUGACCCCGUGUACCGUCAUUUGAUACUGGGCAGUGGAUGCCCCUUACUGACAGCUGCCAAUUGACCAUAACAUAGACGUUUAUCAUUAAGCUUGAUCACAGCUUGCAGGCUCCCACACAAGCUAAAUACAAUGUCAUUACAUAUUGGUUACCCUGUGGUGCGGAUGAACGGGCGGGUAAACGAACGUACGGUCACGUGACCACCAAAAUUUCUUGGAUGCACAGAUAACCAAAUUUUCUUACUCAUGGUGUUCCGCUAAAAAGUACCAGUGACAUGAAGUAAAUGGCGAUCUGGGCGUAGGAAGCUUACUCUAUCAGGAGCCAUGCUCCUGACUCUAGCAAGUACUCAAGGAAAGCAGGAACUGUCCUUAAUCCUUUCAAGCUAUGCUCUCCCAGACGUUUUACGGUUUGAUGGAUCCAUAAAGUCGUCUAGCCUUCACUGUGCUUCAAAACUGAAAUCGAUUGAGGUUGGGAGUCUGUUAAAGUCUCUUUUAUUCCCUUUCAUACGCCUAAAGGUACGGUAAAACGGGCAACAAAAAACGUGCAACUUGUUUUGCAACAUUGCUGUAAAACGAGUUGAAUAGCGAUGUUGCGCGUUUUACCACCCCUGCUCAAACCUGUUAACAACCUGAUUUGUUGCAAGACAGAUUUGAUGUGGUUGUACGUUUUUUGUUGCCCGUUUUUCCGAACCUUGAGUCACGCCUUUGCUUUUUCAGAUCUUGACGAGUGCACUUCUUCUCCCCCUGUCUGUGACCUCAAUGCUGAUUGCACCAAUACUCGCGGAUCUUAUCUCUGCACUUGCAAGGCUGGAUUUUCUGGUGACGGAAAAACCUGCAGUCGUAAGGAAAAAUUUUUAUUAUCUUUUCUCAGUAAAAUUUGGGGACGGGGGGGGGGGGAAUUGCGAUUUUUGUUUAUUUUUCGCAAAUUAUAAAAUUAGUGGCUAAAAGCAACGAUUACAUUAACAGCUACAAUAAAUUUUAAAUUUGAUAAAAUAAUGCUAAAUUAAGCGAAAAUAAUUCAAUUAAAGUAAAAACCAGCUGAGUCGAGAGCAUAUCGCUUUGCCCCGCGAACAAGAAGCCAUCAGCAAUAGACAGAAGAGAGGCUACAGCGAGUACAGACAUGUGCAGACAGCUGUACUGCGAGACAGCGACUAAAUACCGCAAUUACAAUGAGAACGAACCCGAUAAAGAGAAGGAACACCGACUGCAGAGGCUUCUAGAAAAUACCGACAAGAGGAUUCGCAACGAAAGGAGAUUAGGGGAGACAAUGCUUACUGGCAGUUUACAGUCAAUUUUUUCGAUGCAGCGAUUAUGCUUGGAAGAGAAGUCACUAGUGGUGCCUAGCCCUGACGCCAAACAAUACUAAAACAAUUGAAAGAAUGACAUGUCAUUGUUUCCUGCGGCCAAUUAGGAGGGUCCUUAGCCUGUAGUUAUCCACUAUUACACCCAUUUCCUCUUAACAAAAACUACACUUGAAGUAGGGUCGAAUGGGAUGAAAACGGGACCUACGCAACUUUGGCUACCCUUUCUUAAUAAUAACAACCCCAUGCACUGCGUAUGAAUUGACUUGAACUAAAAGGAGAUUGAGUAUAUCUCAGCUUGCAGUAUCAGAGCCGGUUGUGAAAUUCGCCCUAACCAAUUACACAAUUUACUCUAUUUCUCUCCCUCCCUCCCAUCCAUAACAUUUUACGGACACUGCGUAUGAAUUGACUUGAACUAAAAGGAGAUUGAGUAUAUCUCAGCUUGCAGUAUUAGAGCCGGUUGUGAAAUUCGCCCUAACCAAUUACACAAUUUACUCUAUUUCUCUCCCUCCCUCCCAUCCAUAACAUUUUACGGGCCUUCUUUCCCCUAGCCUCGGGAGGUUCUGCGAUAGACGUAUUUCUUGUUUCAUUUUAAGGUUGGUUAUUUACAACAAACGGAGGAAAGGGACGUUUUGGCAGCGUACAAACGUUCACUGUUCCAACCACAACUCGCUAUCGUAUCACUGCUUGGGGUGCUCGAGGAGGAACCCACUCGCCAACCUAUGGACAUUUUCCAGGAAUUUACCGUGGUGGCAGAGGCGCGUUUAAGGAGGGCACGUUUAACCUGAGUAAAGGAACUGUGCUGAACAUUGUGGUGGGACAAAGAGGAGGAGAUUCAGUGGAAGUGCGAGGAGGACAGUCUACUAACUUGACAGCAGCUGAGCUGGGAUUGUCCGUAGAGGACAAUGCUGGAACUGGAGGAGGGGGAGGGAGCUUUGUUUAUACAACAAGUAACGUGCUUUUGUUAGCUGCUGGAGGGGGAGGGGGUGCAUCUAGCGGAUAUAACGGGACGGAUGGUCAGUCGGGAACUAACGGCACCAGUAGCACUGGAAAGUUGUCAAGUCAGGUUCGUAGCGGAGGAUCUGGAGGGAACCCUGGUCAGUGUAACAGUGCAGGCGCUAGUUACCAUGGGGGAGUGGGUGCGGGAUGGUUAGGCCAAGGUUGUCCCAGGGCCGGGUCCUGGCAUGGUGAAAGGGGUGAAUCGCGUGCUCAGGGCUGGGUAGGUGGACGUGCUGGAAGAAUGAAUAGUGGCUACAACGGAGGGCCUCCCCCUGGGGCCGUAGGAGGGUUUGGCGGUGGUGGAGGGGGAUCGGAAGAUAAUGGUGCCUCAGGAGGAGGUGGUGGAUACUCUGGCGGAGGUAGCGGCACACACUCAAACCAAGCAGGCGGGGGAGGGGGCUCUUACUGUAGUGGCUCGAGCUGUUCUGGUGUCACUGGAGAUAACGAAGAUGAUGACGGGCAAGUACUUAUCAUUGAGGUUCCCGUUACCAAGAGUGCUGAUUAA